AUGUCGGGGUCUCCCCUCGAUCGCCGCAUAUCCGACCAGGAUAUCGUGGCCGAGAAACACAUCCAGGAGAAAAUCCUCGACUCGCCGCCCAGUGAGAUCGACCAGGGCAUUAUUAAAGACUGGGACGGCGAGGAAGCUGCCGUCAAGCGCAAGAUCGACUUCAUCCUCAUUCCGACCCUCGCCCUCGCCUUCUUCGCACUGCAAAUGGACCGAGGCAAUAUCAGCGCCGUCCUCACAUCCACCAUUACCAAGGAUCUGAACAUCACCACGAACCAAGUCAAUAUCGGUUCCCAGCUGCUCUCGGUGGGCAUCGUGCUCUCGGAGAUCCCCUCAAAUAUCAUUAUGCAGCGGAUCGGACCGCGCGUUUGGUUGUCCGGCCAAUUGUUUGCCUGGGGGCUGGUGGCAACCUUCCAGGCCUUUAUCCAGUCCUAUCCGGCCUAUUUGGUCACUCGCAUCCUGUUAGGUUUCUGUGAAGGUGGCUUCAUUCCCGGAGCUCUAUACUAUCUUUCAACAUGGUACAAGAAGGAUGAGACCAGUCUGCGCACCAGUCUGUUCUUUUACGGUCAGAUGCUCGCCUCUGGAACAUCGAGCUUGAUAUCAGCCGGUCUACUACGACUCUCGGGCCGUCACGGGCUGGAGGGCUGGCGUUGGAUUUUCCUAGUUGAGGGGCUCCUCACGCUCUUCAUUGGCAUCUUCUUCACCCUGCUUGUACCUCCUAAGGCCGGCGAUGGCCGCCCCCUGAUCAGCUUCGGCCGUUGGAGUUACUUUACCGAGCGCGAGUCGCACAUCAUCCGCAACCGUGUUCUUCUGGACGAUCCUCGCAAGGCCAAGGGCCACAUUCAGAUCUCCCGAUCCGAUAUUUGGAAGACCCUGAAGCAGCCGCGCAUUAUGCAGCAUGUCUUCGUCACGCUGGUGGCAAUGUCCGGAUUCCAGGGCUUGACCCAAUACACUCCCAGCAUGAUCAAGUCCAUGGGAUUCAGCGCAAUUCGAGCCAAUGCCUUGGCCUCGGUGCCAGUCUUCUGCAGCAUUGUUUGGUUGACGGUACUCUCUUUUGCCGCUGAUUUCACCGGACACCGUGGACCCUGGGUACUGCUUGCUAUUACCUGGAACGUGAUCUCCUACGCCUGCCUGCGAACCACCCCAUACACUUCAUCAAAAUGGCACCGGUAUGGCGUCAUCGCUGUCGCCAAUGUGUCCUAUUGCAGCAUGCACAUUCUGAAUGUCGGUUGGCUAUCGGUCUACUGCCGCACGCCCCAAGAACGAAGUGUUGCCAUGGCUCUCGUCGUGAUGGCCGCCAAUUGCGCCGGUAUUUCCGGCUCCCAGAUCUUUCGCACUGAGGAUGCGCCCAAGUACAUCCAUGGUCUCACCGCAGUUUGUGCCUUGGCCGGGGCUUCAUGGGUGCUGGCAGCAGUUCUCUGCGCGCAAUAUUACUACCGACGUCAGAAGAACAUCAAUACUGGUGCGAAUGCGCCUGUGGCAGCGUAA